CGUACAUUACGGUGCGGUACACUAUUGCACGAGCAGGGAGGGAAGGACUACACCAUAAUCAUAAGCGCCAAAUGGGCCAUAACUGCCGCUCAUUGUGUGGAAGGUGUAGCUCCAUCAGCCCGUACAUUACGGUGCGGUACACUAUUGCACGAGCAGGGAGGGAAGGACUACACCAUAUCCGAGAUGAUUAUGCAUCCCGACUAUGACAAGCCUACCAUAAUCAACAACGAUAUAGCCUUGCUUAAAAUUAAUGACGAAUUUGAUAUAGGCACUCCCGACUCGGAUAUCAUUAAACUGCCCACAAAGGAUUCGGAAUUGACACCGGGCACUAUCGUAACAGUAACCGGAUGGGGGUAUCUGGUGAAUGGUGGAGGGUCAUCACCGGCAACCUUACAGACGGUAGAUCUACCUGUUGUUGAUAGGGGUUACUGCGCAGAGAGAAACAACCACGUUGCCCCGGUAACCAACUCUAUGUUCUGCGCAGGUGUACCCGAAGGGGGUAAAGAUGCGUGUCAGAAUGAUUCUGGUGGUCCAGUUAAGUAUAAUGGUGAAUUGGUGGGCAUAGUAUCGUGGGGUAAACAGUGUGCACUGCCUGAUUACCCAGGUGUAUACGCACGAGUAUCUGUUUUUCGUGAUUGGAUUAAACAGAGUACCGUACGACUAGAA